AAAAAAAAAAACAAUCGCCGAAGCGUAAAGGAAAAAAAUCGUUGAUAUUUGGAUGUAGGAAUUAGGAAGGAAGAGAGCAGGCACGAUUAAUCCAUCGAAAGCAGUGCUUUGUUCACAAAGCAGUCUCUCCAAUAUUAUCGAAUCAAGAUCAUCGAUUCGUAUUUUUCAUUUUGCAUUCAAACUCUCUAUGCAGAAGAACCCUAACUGAUAUUCGCCAUGGGAGAUUCCUCUUCUUCAACCCGCGUUUCUGUUCACCAAUCUCUUGGUGGUGGUUCAGUCGCUGAUUUGCUGCUAUGGAGAAACCGGACUGGUGCAGUCAUUUUGCUAGUCUCUUCUACUGGAUUUUGGUUCUUAUUUGAAAGAGCUGGAUACAAUCUCUUGUCCUUCGUCUCCAAUGUUCUGCUUCUCCUUGUCGCUAUCCUCUUCUUAUGGGCCAAGUCUGCUACAGUACUUAACCGACCUCUACCUCCAGUUCCGAAUAUGGAAAUCCCUGAGGAGUUUGCGAUAAAGUUUGCUGAUGAUCUUCGUGUUUGGAUCAACCAUGUACUGUCAAUUGCAAGUGAUAUCACCAUUGCUAGAAAUCCGAUUCGUCUCCUUCAGGUUUCAUUAGUCUUGUGGGCUAUAUCCUAUAUCGGGACUUUAAUCAACUCCCUCACUCUUGUCUACAUUGGGAUUGUUCUGAGUCUUUCUGUUCCUAUCGUCUACGAGAAAUACCAAGACCACAUUGAUGAUAAACUGAACUCAACUGCUAAAGUCAUCCGAAGUAUCUCAAGGAAGAUUCCAAUGCCAGUAAACAAAGAGAAGAAAUAUCAAUAGGUAGUAAGCAAGAGUCUCUCGUCUGAAAAUACCUGAACCUUGUGGAACUCAUAUGUAUCGCUACAUGCAAGUUUUAUGGGGAAUCAGUUAACAAAACAAAGUUUAUGGGGAAUCACUUUGCUAUCAAGUGAUCCGCAUGCACCUUUUUUUUCUCAAGUACUUCAAAUAGUUUUUAAUUAAAAUAGUUCG